UUUAAUUCUCUGUCCUUCCCUCGCAUCGCGUCCGCCAUGGCAGCCUCUCGAUUUCUUCCCGUCUUUCUGGCUCUUGUCUCCGCCUUCAUCUCCGUUCCGCCCUCCGAAGCCAAUGGAGGAGCGCUGCACUUCCGCCUCGUCCACCGAAGCCAGCUGGAGGGCGCUCGCGGCGACGGCGAGGUCGACGCCUUCCGCCGCUUGGAUGACAUCACCAGACGGGACCAGCUUCGCCAGAAGCACAUUGCCGAGACGCUGCGGUCCCCCCGCCGGAAGGCGAUCGAGAGCUCGUUCGAGGCGCCGAUCUUAUCGGGCGCCUACAGCGGCGCCGGCGAGUACUUCGUCAAGCUGAAGAUCGGUUCUCCGGCGAGGGACUACCUCCUCGUCGCCGACACGGGAAGCGACCUGACGUGGACGAAGUGCCAAGAGGGCGUGACGGUUGCGUCCUCUAUCGGACGGCGCAGGGCGACGGAAGCUUGCGUCCCGUCGUCGUCCUUCGCCCCGUACAAGUGCUCAACCGACUCCUGCGAGUCCCUGCCCUUCUCUACCACCGUGUGCCCCACGCCGCAGAGCCCCUGCCUGUACGACUACCGAUACGCGGACGGAUCGUUCACGAAAGGCACGUAUGGAAACGAUACGGUUCUCGUCACGGCUCCGGAUGGGAGCGUGACGCCAAUCCGGGACGUUCUGGUGGGUCGCAGCUCGGAUUUCCAGGGGGUGAUCUUCGACAAGACGGAUGGCGUCCUCGGCCUGGGUUUCAGCCCCAUAUCCUUCGCCAUCACCACGGCGCAGCUCUACGGCGGGAAAUUCUCUUACUGCCUGGUGGAUCACCUCAACCGCAGAGACUCGAACUACCUUGUUUUCGGGAACAACUCCCGCGCGUCGCAGCUCAAUAUCCGAUACGCGACUCUCGUCCUCGACUCGAUGAUCCAGCCCUACUACGGCAUCGAGGUGGACGGGAUCUCCAUGGACGGCAAGAUGCUACCGAUUCCUCCUGCCGUGUGGAAGUUCGUCUUCAAGGAAGAUUCCAUCGCCGGAGGGGUGAUCAUCGACUCGGGCAUGACCCUGACGAGUCUGGUCAAGCCGGCCUACGACGUCGUCAUGUCCGCCUUCCGGUCCUAUUUCAAGGAUUUUCCGACGUUCACGCAGCAACCGUUCGAUCUGUGCUUCAAUGUCACUCAGCUGAGUCCAGAGCAAGCGAAGAGGGCGGGGCCCAAUCUGGCCUGGCACUUCUCUGGAGGGGCCAAGUUCACGCCGCACAUUGGCAGCUACGUCACCGUCGUAGCACCCAACUUGAAAUGCAUAGCCAUUGUUCCGGCAGCCUGGCCAGGAAUAUCGAUCAUCGGCAACAUCCACCAGCAAAAGUACUUGUGGGAGUUCGAUUUAGCGAAUGGCAGGUUGGGCUUUGCUCCUUCUCUCUGCACUGAAUAGACUAUCUCCCUCCCUCCCUCUUCUCUUUUUUCUCUUUAAAUGGGCGUGAGACAAAAGAGAGAUAAAGAGAUGAGUAAGAGAGUAUCUGGACUCUACCCUCAUUUGACUCCUUCAGUUCUCAUACUUGGCAACGGUUUCAAAAACCUCAAGUAAAGAAGAAUUCUUCACCAUUAAUCUCUCACAAAUUUAACUUUUAAAUCUAACUUUUCUACAAGGAUGAUGGUGUUUUACAUUAAAAUGAUUUACUAAUACCAUUUUUCCAUUUUUUUGCAUCUGGUUUCAAAUUUUCAAUUAUUUGACAUAUGUACUUUAACUAAACAACCCAUGAUGAAUUUUCAUCUGUAAUGAAGCAAAUUAACUGAAACGGUCUGCAAGUAUGUGAUUUGAAAGGGGUGCAAGGUAAAGAAUGUGAGGUGUGAAGGAUAACCUUUCUCCUCCUAUUAGUAUAGUCUUUGCAUGGCAGGAGAGAAAAAAAAAAUGUGAGAGUUGAGUUGGGGAGAAGCAGGGCGUCCAUUGAAGAUGAAUAUAAGUGGUUAGGAUAUGGUUUUCGAGAUUUUGAUUAUUUCAGGUGCCGGAAAUUGUCAGAAUUUCGAUUUCCGAAGUAUGUAGAUCUCUGAAUACGAACCCCUUGCAUCCCUACUUAUGUAAGGAGGAGAUGGGGACGUCACUUGCAGUAGAUAUUGUUAUCUGAUAAUUGUACGAAUUUUUAUAUGUAUUCGUUGGUUGAUGCUUGCUUCAACCCUUUCUCCAACUUUUCAGUUCAACAAAGGCAAAGACCUUUAUUAACACACACUCUCUCUCUCUCUCUGAUAUAUAUUUCAGAUAUUCGGUACAAAUCUAACCAUUAUUUCUAAACAUUCAGAGUAAUAACAUAUAAUGGACUCAUUAUUCAAUUUUUGCAGCUUUU